AAGCACCGCCCCCCGCUCCCGGGCGUUUCCCGGCGCCGUCGGAAGCAGCAGGGCGGAGCUGCCGCCGCUCCUCCCCGGAAAGCCUUCUGCGUGGCGAGCGGCGGCUGCGAGAUGGUUCGGAAGCUCAAGUUCCACGAGCAGAAGCUGCUGCGGCGGCUGGACCUGGUGAGCUGGGAGGCGGCGGGCUCCAACCUGGCCGAGGUGCGGGCGCUGCGCCGCUACCGCGUGUCCCGCCGGGAGGACCUGGUGCAGUACAAGGCCCUGGCGCGCAGCAUCCGCGCCCUGGCCCGCCGCCUGCGCGACCUGGGAGCGGGCAGCGAGGCGUUCCGGGCGCGCUGCAGCUCCAGGCUGCUGGAGAAGCUGUGGGCGCUGGGGCUGCUGCGGGACACGCGCUCCUUGGCCGCCUGCGAGCGCGUCUCGGCCGCCGCCUUCUGCCGGCGCCGCCUGCCCUGCGUGCUGCUGCGGCUGCGCAUGGCCCAGGACCUGCGGCACGCCGUCACCUUCGUGGAGCAGGGGCACGUGCGGGUGGGGCCCCAGGUGGCCACCGACCCCGCGCUGCUCGUGCCCCGCGCCCUCGAGGACUUCGUCACCUGGGUGGACGCCUCCCGCCUGCGCCAGAAGGUGCUCGACUACAACCAGGAGCGCGACGACUUCGACCUGGCUGCGUAGGGGAGCGCUGCCCGAGCUCGGCCGCCUGUGCUUGAUCUUGCUUGCUCUCGCUCAUCUGAGCUCGCUCCCACUCUCCCAAGCCCACUCUCGCCCACCCAAGCUCGCUCUCGCUCUCCCAAGCUUGCUCUCACUCAUCUGAGCUUGUUCUCACUCUCCCAAGCUCGCUCUCGCCUGCCCAAGCUCACACACCCAAGCUCACUC